GGGUUCGUUUCAUCGCUUUACAAUCGUGUUCAAAUUUCAAGAUGAUGCUCGGCCUUGCUAUCACUGCCCUUGCUGUCGUAGUGAUUUUGAUAUCGUGGAUUUACAAAAGAUUUAUGGAGGUAAGAUUUUUUUUCUCAAAAACGGUUUUUCAAAGGGCAGGGCCGACGGCGUGCGAUUCCCGCGCGAAGCGCGCGAGCCGUUCACGCCGUUUUCACCCUUGCUUGAUUGCUAACGCACUCUCAAGCGGACCUACGCGCACAUACAGGCUUUUUUUGUGUAAGUUUUAAAAUUUUACGUAUGAAUCAUGUUUACCAAUAUCUUAUAUGUCCUUCUAUUAACUUAAUGAUGAUCGCCAAGUCAUUCUCUAAACCUCUGGCGUUCAAUUUGCUUGUCCUCCAGUAAUCCGUUGUGUAAAAGGAAAAAAAUAAAAACGAAGCCAGGACUUAGAAAGAGAAGGCUGGAAAGUAUUGGGUAGAGCAUGUAGUUUUGUAUUUUCCUGCCAAAUUUCAAGACAUGGCCGUCACGCAACAAUAACGUGUAAACAGUCACUGAAGCUUUCUUCGCCGUAAAUUGUAUAGCCUGCAGGAUUGCUCAGGCUAUAAACUGAGUGAACAACUUAAGGUUUGGAAUGUAGAGACAAAGGAGGGAAAUUCCUUGAAAUCACUCUGUGGCUGUUUCAUAGACAGGUUUUCUUGGACAGGAGCGAAGGGAGCGAACAGGUUUUGUCAACUUCCUAUUUCGGUCUGUUUCGUUUUCAUUACUUCGGACUCUCAUCCAGUUUCAUUUUGCAAAACGGAAAACAAAACAAAAAAAUAAUGAUCACUGAUUUUAACAUCUCGCGUGAUCGCUUAUGUUAUAGAAUUACUUCUGGCAAAAUGAUUCUGGGGAAAUUAUCGCAGGAACUGGCUUCAGGACCUUUUCACCAACACUCAUAGCAUUCAAAGAUGAAGGCUUGAAGAAAUUCGGGAUGUACUUGCUCCGAUUUUUACCCGGGCCUCCAAAACUGUAAGUAUUGUAACUAAUAUUUUCAACUUAGAUCACAGGGACCCCGUACAAUCUGUUUGUGUAGGCGAUUGUUAUUUUAUAGUAAAUGUUCUGGAUGUACCGUUUGCCUCACCUACAGCGAUAUGUCGCUAACUAUGUAUAUAAAUCAAUGAUAAAUAAAUGUUGAAUUACCUUACCUGUGGUAUACAGUCGUCCUUUUACCUCAAAAGCGGUUUUUUGAGCGAUUUUGAAGGAGUUUGAAUUCGCCGUUGACUGUUCCUUAUAUAGUCAACGGCCAAAUCCAACUCCCAGAACUCCUUCAAAAUCGCUCAAAAAACCGCUUUUGAGGUAAAACGACGACUAUAUACCACAGGUAAGGUAAUUCAACGUUGAUUUAUGUACAUAGUUAGCGAUAUAUCGCUAUAGGUGAAGCAAACGGUAAAUCCAGUACAUUUACUAUAAAAUAACAAUCGGCUACACAAACAGAUUGUGUGGGCUCCGUGUGCUUAGAUAUUUUUGUUUUGAUUUUUAACAUUUCAUUGAACUGCUUAAAACUUAAUUCUUCUUAUACAUUUAAAUAUUUUCGUUUUCGGGAUUGUCACGUAGCGUGACGCGCUCUUUGUCUUUGCAGCACGAUGUAGUUUUCAGGGCUGUAGGGGCAAAUUUUGACUGGCCUUCACUAAUUUACAUGCCAUCUAAAUAGUCUCCAAUAUAGACAUAUUGUUUUUUGGCGAGCGUUUUGGCUAAAAUGUAAAUGUACUUGCCAGUUAACUGCAAUGGCAACAUCGUUGCGUGAUAUUGUAAGCGUGACUGGGGUUUCAGUUGCUUAAUUGUCACAACUGUUCUGUUUGUUUGUUUGUUUUUGCUUUUGAAUGAAAGUGUCGACUUCGUUAGAUCCAAAUAUGUGUUAAUUUUUUUCUCUUGCCUACAGAAUCAUUACAGAUCCACAAAUCGCUGUGAAAUUCAUGGCAAAACAGCAUAAGUAUGAGCGUUUAAAGGACUUCAGAUUGGGAAGUGUGUUUCGCCAGCUGUUUGGUCACGCAGCCGGGACGGCAAGUGGUGAGGCUCAUAAGCGGAUACGGAGUGCAUUUGAUCCGUGUUACAGCACAGAGAGUGUGGCACAGGCAGUGAAUAUGAUGGAACAGGAAUGCAAACAGUAUUUAAAUCAGAUGGUUCAAGAUAAACAGGUAUUAAUUUAAUGUUUUCUGGUGCCUCGUAACUGCUAGUAAUGCUUCCUAUUAAUGUGCCAUAUGAUGGGAGUGUGCCAACCUCGUCCCCAGGGCUUUUCCCUUAAAAAUGGGUCUGCCACUGGACGGGAUCGCAUUUUCACCACUGAAUUGACUAUGAUUUGCUUGAAUUAAGAGUUUUCUGAAGGGGUCGCAAAUUUUUUGGAAUUUUGCGGUUAAGGAAUUUGAACAGGAAUAUUUGCGGUUAUAAUAGUUGUUACCGCGUCAAAAGAAAGUAACUAAGUUUGUAUUGCGAAAAUUGCAUGUGCCUUAAUAGAAUUAAGAAGAGGUUCCCACAGGCCAGCGACACAUAUCCAUCAAGAAUUGACCCAAGUACCCCCACCCCGAGCAUCAGGCAUUUUUUUGUACCUUUUCCAGAAACAUAAAGAGAUAUAUUGAGGUCGUGAUCGCGGGCUAAGUGCUCUUCAGCUUUUAUGUAGUAACCUUGAUGUAAAAUAGAUCUGUCGCGUAAGGGCCCUGAUAAAGCUAUUCAUGAAACCCAAACAUCCCAUCCUAUUUCUUUCUUGAUUCAACAAUUCUGACGGUUCCCAGUCCCGACCGCGCAUCUCAAAAGGUGCCUACAGCCUGAUGCUCUUGAUUCUCUCCUGGAGAUCUGUGGCAGAUAGCUGGGUCUUUAAAAAAAAGUGCAGCGAUCAUCAACGCCUGACAGGGUGGAUAAAAAUAAUAGCUUUCCGACAUUGAAGGAAAGCAACUCAGUUUCCUCACCAGAUUUCAGUUCUGCGAAAGACAACACUGAAAACCAACAUUCUGUGAAAACCAAUACUUAAAAGUCACCCAAUUUCCUGUGUUUGUUUUCCGAAUUUCAGGCCUUUUUGCUCUAAAAUCCCGAAUCCUGACCUUCAAAAGUUACAAUUAAAACCAUUUGGGGGGUGGGGGCAUGGGGCGGGCACGGUAAAAGCAGCAAACGGAGCUUCCGGCUUGUAUUAUUGUUAUGUGAAGCGCUAUAGAGUAUUUGUACUCAUUUCUGGAUGGGAUACGUUGUGGUAAUACCCUUAAGAUGAGGUAGAUAAAGCGUCACCUAACCUUAACGGGCAUUCGCAAGAGGCAGAGAUCGGAGAGAUGACCACAUGUCCAUCUUUCCCGCCUCUUAGCUUUCGCCAUUUGCAGCUCACAACGUAACAGUGAGCAAGAACUCUUUAAUGUAAACGUGUUGCUUUACGUCGGCAGUAUAGGGCAGACUUUCUAGUCUCAGGGAACAACGUACUGCCUCAGACCCUAUGUCCCAGUUCAGUAAUUCAAUGGGAUAACCAGCAGACCAACACACGUUCCACAGCACCUGUGUAUUGUAAUUUGAAUAAGUCACCACAUGCUUAGUCUCCUACGCAGUAGUUCCUUUUUGCCACCACGCAACGCUCCUCCCCUAAAAAGAAAAGACUACCACCCCGGUGGGGGCGGGGACACUCUACAAAGUUUUAUAGUUUUAUGAGGGGGGGGGGGGGCGGGCAGCGUCCCGAGGCUUCGCAAGACUGCCACAAAUUCAGCUUGUCGAACCUGCCUUGUUUUGUCAUUGCAGGGUCUCAUAAGAAUGGAUGAUCUCAUUCAACUGACGUUUAAAAUACUAAUGAAGUUCACAUACGGAAGAGACAUGACUGCAGACGAGCUUCAGGAGUUACUGGAUCUCAGAGCUUUAGUGGAAUCACUUAUCGCAGAUACUUUCUCAAACCCUUUUGUCAAGUUUCCGCUUUAUAAAUACAUGCCUACAAGCACUAACAGCAAACUGGCGCAAUUUGAAAAGCGGUGGCUGCAAUUCAAUAAGCGGUAAGAAGAGUUCAUUUUACGUUAGUUAACGCAAACAAGAUAGUUAUGUCGGAAGCAUAGGAAGAGUGAGAGGUCUGCUUCUCCGUUUUCAUUUUGAUUUUGUAGUUAGUUUUUGUACCCUUUUUAUAGCACGGCCUUGACCAUUUCAACCAAUAGGCAAAUGUUUUCGUUGUGAAAAUUUUAAUUUCCUCUUUUCUACUUUCGUUUCUUGUCCUAGCUUUGAGGAGCGUUUUGCCGAAGGAAAACUUCGAGACACAAGCUGUGUAUUUUACAAGCUCCAACAAACUCUUGCAAAAAAUCCGGGGACACUGUCAGAAGAUGAGGUAAUGUUGGGGGUUUAGACGAAAAGUUUUGGGUUGGCUGGUUGACCAAACCUAUCUGUAUAAUAUUAUUUUUUAAUUUCACGUUCGGGUAACGAAAUGCAAGUGGAAUCUAGGAUAACUUUGUAUAAUGUAAUAUCUUUUUCCAGUUAGUUCCUGUUCGUUAGUAGUUCUCAAGAACUUUUUAAAAUACAAAAUACGUGUAAGUGAUGGUUUGGUAUUUCUUUAAAACCCUAAUACAUAUUUAAACUAAAGAAGACCCUAUGAGUAUAAUAGCUGAUCCGUUUUGUGAAAAAUUGCUCCACUGCGCUGCCUACACUAUAAGUGCGUGUUUCUAACCUUCUAUAACCAGGUCUAGCCAUGGGCCAACUUUUCUAAGUUCUAAUUUUAGUUGAAUUUUUAACAAAAAAAAGUGAAACUCAACCUGACAAGCCCUUUCAAAAGAGAACGUUUUUGAAGUAGUUUGGCCUUUGAGGACUUAACUAGUUACCUAAUAGACAUGUUUCUUUUGAACUUUCUGAGUUGUAGACGUUUCACAUCCAUCGAUUCAAACUCAAUUCCUUUAAGGGCGUUAGUUACAGUAAAGCAGCCUUUCUUGUCGUGAUUCAUAUUUUACUAAAAGACUUUUGUUGUGUCUAGUUUCAACAAACCCUGGAGGAAGCGUCCCUUGCUAAUGUAGACAUCACAUGCGGAGCUGUGGCCUGGCUUCUAUUCCAUGUAGCACUCCAUAAAGAUGUACAGAAAAAUCUUACAGUUGAAGUCAAGAAUUCCAUUUCACGCGGAGUAUGUAAAUAUUUUAGCGAAUACUUUUUCUUUUGUUGAAGCUGAGUGCAGUGAAAGAAAUAGCGGAAAGUCUGAGGAGUUUGUUUAUUUUUUUGCAAUGUUUGUUGGUUUCUUUGUCUUCCCUUCGAUAAGCCAAUGCUUUAUAUUUGAAAUACCCGCAGAGCUUUACGAUCUAGUGAAAACAGAGUUCCGAUUCCGCUUAUAACUCCGUCGAUUACGAUUAAUCUGGGAACGAACAGUCGGCACCUUUUUACACCUAAAAAACACAGCAACGUUGAAACGGAAAGUGUUUUUAAAAAGUACCAGAUAUUUCGCGAAUGCUUGCUCAUUUUCUAACUGGCUUAUAACAGAUGAAAAAGUUUUCUUUGUGAUUUUAUAAUUUCAAUUUUUAAAUAACAAUAAUUUAUGCCCGUGAGCAGGCUUCCUCACGAAUGAUGAGGGAGGCUGUGAGCCUUUGGCUCAUGCCACGUGAUAAUAAAAUUCAAAACUAUAAUUUUUUUCCAAAAAUGUCCAAAUGUGUUUUCUUAUUUAGUUUUAUUAUCUUUUUAGCUUUCAGAACCGUUAAGCUUACAGACACUAACUAAACUGGAUUUCCUGGGUAAGAUGGUAAAAGAAUCAGCGAGGAAAAGGCCGGUAAUGGUAAUAAGCACUCCGGAAUAUGUAGCAUGUCCAAUGGUUAUUGGGAAUUUCCAAAGUCCCCCUGGGGUAAGUAGUGAUUAGCGUGCAAAAGCAGGGAUUCUGGUUAUUAAGAUAUCUUACGGCCUCCUAAAGCGCGUGAAUAGUCUCCCCGCUUGCUUUGGGUUUUCGAAAGCUGUUUUUAAGGUUAGGUGUCAUAUCUUAGACGUUCAAAUAGAGAACUUAGGGGCCUGUUUACAUGGGGGUGGGGGAGCCCAGGUAGGUGAGGUAACCCCCUUAGGUGAGGAAAAACAAUAACCCUCCUUUACAUGGAAUCUUACAACCCCGCCAUUCCGGGGACACUUUCUCAAGUAUAUUGAUCAAUGAUCGCUAAACACGUAAACGAGAAAAAUGCUGGCAAACCACGUGUUUUGGUGGUUAGUACUCCUCUACACUCACAUACUGCUCUUGUUGCAACCUUUAGUGCUGUGGCUUUCUAUUGCUGCCUUUAAAAAUGAUGCAAAGCCACCGCCAAAGUGAAUUUUGCGCGAAUUUGACGUUUCAUGAAUCCGACCGCGACUAGGCGGGUUACUCCACCUUGAAAAGUUUACAUGGCAAAAUUUGACCCCUGCCUAGAGGGUUACCGGCCUAGCAGACCGGGCUAGUGAAAAUUAAAAUGAGAGAUUAUAUGGACAGGCGGGUUUCCCCACCUACGCAGGCGCAGGAUUAAUACCUCAGCUACCUGAGGUCACAACGACGACGGCAACGGCAGCGAGAAAGGCAAAAACGCAAUAGGUUGAAUAGGCGUAAAAACAACUUUACACCUGCAUCGCGCUUUUUUGUACACUGCACGCUGACAACGACGUGAAAAUGCCUAAUUUCAUGUUUUCUGGAGGACGUGAACAUAAGACAAUGACUUUCUUUUCCUUUUCCGGAACUUUUAUGCCAUCUUUUAGAAUUCAACUCCAGAAUAGUUUGCCAGUAUUUGAUGAAUUGAGCGAGAUGGAAUAAGCGCGAUUAGGUUUGACGCAGCUCGAAUUCACUUUUUAGUGACGUUUUCGUAGCCGUCCCCUUCUUUGUUGCUUAAGCUCCUUAAUAUCAUGACGCCGACCGUUUACUCGCUUGACCAACGCACAAGUGAUUAUCCAGACGAUGAAAAAUGGUCAAAGAUCUAACAUUUAUCUUGAUUAUGCUCAUAAAUCCAGGAACAGAUCGUUUGCACGUGACGUCGCAGCGGCCGUAUUUGCGACUUUCACGUUGCCCAUAAUGCACUUUGUUUUCCCUACAACAUUUUGCUUAAGUAUUCUCUUCAAUUUCUCUUGGGACCAUUAAUAAUCCUCCGUUGACAAAUUAAAAACAAAACUUCUGCUAAAUUUUAUGGGGAACGUAAAAGUCGCAAAUUGUGUACAAAAACAAUGAAACGGCGGCCAUGUUGAUGUACCAACUCUUUUCUCAUGUAAAAAUUUAUUCUGUUCUGUGAAAUUUGUAUAGCCACUAAUCACAUGAGUAAAAAUGAUCUAUAUUAAAAGGAACUAUCUAUAGAUACAGUCAUUUUUACAUUUCCCCUACUGUACGUUUGUUUAUUCAAUUGCUAUUCAUGUUUUUAAACUAAAGAAUUCAUGGUUAAUCUCGUAGCCAGGGUCUUCUGGCUUUUUGACCAACGGGGCAAGACUCUGGUUACGAGAUUGAUCCAUGGUAGAAACAUGAUCUCUGACGAUCAUCAUUGCCAAAAGUUAACAAGAGUUUUCGAGAUGAUAUAACUGUUUUCAGCUACUUUCUGUAAAUGUUUAAAUGUCAAACACUUUUUUCGUUUGUCUUUAGGUCGAGGUAUCUGUUGACAACAGCGCAGUCAAUAGCAACGCAGGAGUCUGGGGCGACACGGAAACUUUCAAUCCCCGAAGAUUUGAUGACGAAACACCGAACAUGCGCAAAAGCUUGUGUCGCUUCGGUAUUGGACCGCGAAGGUGUAUGGGAUACCGGGUUGCAGACACCUUUAUGAAAGUUUUACUGGUUACAUUGCUGGAAAACUACUCCGUUGCCCUGGAGACGGACGUGACAGGUGAUGAUGACAGUGUACCCGUUCAAAAGGUUGGGCCAUUCUGCUUUCCGUGCGUGGACUUCAAAGUUCAAGUGGGGCAGAAAAAUGUUGCUUCUUAAAAGUUACAAACACAACGUUUAUCGUGAUCUAGACAAAAAUUUAACGUCAGAAAUACUUCAGAUAAUUAAUAGCGACAUCAAAGAACACGACAGUAAGUAAACGUUGGUACCAGCAGUGAAAUGUGGACAGUACGGGUGGGUAAUUCUUAGACCGCGGUUUAGGAAAUAUUUGGAGCCUAGGUCUCUUCCUUAGUUGUUUAUGGAGAAGACAAAUGCUUCUCUGGUCUACGCUGUAUGGUUUCAUGAAACUGCUCACGGUAAAUGGUGUGUUGAUAAAAGAAUUUGGCAAACUGAAAAUGGCUUAGAACGCGGUUUUGUUAAAUGGCUAAACUCCCUUUAAGUAACUGGCCCUACGUGUUUUUUGAAGUCGCCAUUAAUUAUCUGAAGGUAUUUCUGACGUUACACGAGGAUGUCUGUUAGGCACUAACUAGUCACCGGCAUUAUGGCUCUU